AUGCCCCCGGACGUUCGUGCCUCAGCCGUCAUCCUCAUCGUCGCCGUUGCCUCAACAGCCAUGGCCGUCGACGGGUGGCGCGAAGGAGGGAGGCCGGGGCGGCCAGUCGUCUGGCGCAGAGUCUACGACGGAGGUGAGGUCCAGGGCUCGGGAACCCGGAGACCAAGGCCAGCGCUAGAGUGGGUCUACAGCGAGUGCCCAAGCCGACCCGCCGCCGGAGACGGGCUCCACGGCGGAGGUGAGGCCCCGGGCGCCAGAGCACAGAGACCAAGGCCAGCACGGGAGCGCGUCUACAGCGAGUGCCCAAGCUGGCCCACUGCCGGAGAUGGGCUCCAGGGCAGCCCCUCAGAGCCCCCUGCCGAAGAGGAGGAGGGCAGAUUCUGGGCCAAAGCCGUCGGGCCCGGAGUUCAAGAUCCCGGAAUCACGAUGGCAAUACCAAGGACCAAAGACUGCGAUGCCACCGGAGACCAAAGGCGACUGGAAGCGCCAAGGCCGGCUCCCGCCCCAGGGCCAAGUGCGCCUGAGCCGAGCGCGCCGGAUGAGCCGGAGCCGCUGGCGCCACCGAGCUCUGAGCCGAGGGCAGCGGCCGCGCCAGAGCUACCGGCGCCGGCCGAGCCCGCCCCUAGUGCUUCGAGGGUGGGGCAGAUGGCCACGGCGAGGGCGGCGUCGUCAAGGCAGUAG